UCCUUCCGACGCGUGAAGGAACCUUCCUCUUCGUUCCGGCCUCACUGGAGCAAACAUGGCGGCCGAGGGAGACGUCGAUUUGGACCUGGAAGCCGAGGACAACUGCACGGGAAAACCUGCGGAAAAGCCUCGGAAACAUGACAGCGGAGCCGCCGACUUGGAGAGAGUCACGGACUACGCAGAGGAGAAGGAAAUCUCCAGCUCUGAUUUAGAAACGGCCAUGUCAGUGAUUGGAGACCGUAGGUCACGAGAACAGAAAGCCAAACAAGAGAGAGAAAAAGAAUUGGCCAAAGUCACCAUCAAGAAAGAGGACGUGGAACUAAUUAUGUCAGAGAUGGAGAUUUCGAGGUCCGUGGCGGAGCGCAGCCUGAGGGAACACAUGGGGAACGUGGUGGCGGCUCUGGUGGCUCUGACCAACUGAACAAACAGCGUUGACACUGGACUGCUUUCUUUAGUUUUUUUACCAGAGCUCAUCAAGACAAUGAGGCUGAACUGAACUCAGCGGUUAAACUGUUGUGAUGUAAGCUUUUCCCCCUAAAUUACUUUUCUUUUCUUUUUUAAAUAAAAGUUGACCAGCCUCA